AUGGAUGGAAUUUUAGUUGACAUGACGGAUGGUUAUAAAACUUUACAUGCCUCAAUUAAGAUUGCUGUAAUCUCAUAUUCUGCAGCGAUAGCUCGCAACGCCAGGGCAGCCCUGUCAGACAUAGCAACAACUGCCACAGAUUUAGUGACAGUGGCAGCUAAUUCCAUGGCUCAAUAUGAUGCCUUUAAACAAUCUUUAGAUCACAUAUCAAGAUCUUGGAAUAAUACAGCUAACAGUAUGACAAAUUAUAUGAGUGAGGUUGAUAAGAAACUACUCGUCUUAAAUCACCUUACUUCAUCUCUUAAAUCAACCAGAGGACCUCCAUCAACAGACUCUCGAUACUCUCCAGACCCAAUAGUUGGUGCCAGUCUUGUUCUUGUAUCAGGAUCCAUAUAUAAAUCAACAAUGGGAACUCUGAACUUUGCUACUGAUGAGAGUAUUGGCUUUGUAGGUUCUAACAAUGAAGGGCAAUUACUUGGAGAAUUCAUAAAAGCACUUGGCAAGCCCAAACCUAUCGAAAAAGUGCUGAAUAAAGAUCUGAAUCUAUUAAUUAUCUAUUUAAAGAAAAACCAGGAUUUCAUUAUUGCUGUAAUCUCAUAUUCUGCAGCGAUAGCUCGCAACGCCAGGGCAGCCCUGUCAGACAUAGCAACAACUGCCACAGAUUUAGUGACAGUGGCAGCUAAUUCCAUGGCUCAAUAUGAUGCCUUUAAACAAUCUUUAGAUCACAUAUCAAGAUCUUGGAAUAAUACAGCUAACAGUAUGACAAAUUAUAUGAGUGAGGUUGAUAAGAAACUACUCGUCUUAAAUCACCUUACUUCAUCUCUUAAAUCAACCAGAGGACCUCCAUCAACAGACUCUCGAUACUCUCAAGACCCAAUAGUUGGUGCCAGUCUUGUUCUUGUAUCAGGAUCCAUAUAUAAAUCAACAAUGGGAACUCUGAACUUUGCUACUGAUGAGAGUAUUGGCUUUGUAGGUUCUAACAAUGAAGGGCAAUUACUUGGAGAAUUCAUAAAAGCACUUGGCAAGCCCAAACCUAUCGAAAAAGUGCUGAAUAAAGAUCUGAAUCUAUUAAUUAUCUAUUUAAAGAAAAACCAGGAUUUCAUUGUAAAUUAUACAAAUGCCAAUAAGGAACUUCGGGUUAAGAUGCUACAUACUAUCUCCAAAAGUUUACCAAAUCAGCAAAAUCAAUGGAUCAAAAUAGAUGAUCCAUUCAUAUAG